UCUAUAAAGGGCAGCUGCAGAAAGCCUGCUCUGCACGGGCUUGGAGCUGGAGUGGCAGUGCCUGACUCCGCCCUGCCCAGAGCGCCAGCCAGCCUUGGACAGAAAGACUUACAGACUGAUGACUGACUGAAGGCAACAGAAAUUUGGUCGGAAUGAUCACUGGCAGCAUGGAGGAGAAUCUGUGCUUGAGCGAAGCCUGACGCCAUCACCAGUUUGGAGCAGGUGCUGUGGGCACUCUCCAGGAAGAGCGUUUGCAGACAGCCUGCCCUGUGCUCAGCUGCUCAGCUCUGCGCACUUGCCCACCCUGAGCAGGGCCAGUUAUUUUGCUGGUUCCUGGUAUUUCUUCCCUCUCCCUAAUCCAGACACCCCAGCUCAGAGCUCCAGGGAACUAAAUAGAUUGCCUGGCUGUCUGUCCACGGCCUUAACUUUGCCCUCUUUCUUUUUUGAGAGCCUCCUGAGUGAGUAGCUUAAGGUCCUCAGGGUCCACUACAGGCACUGGGAUGGAUGCUCCAACCACGGAUGUGCCCCCAGAGGAUUUCCAGAGCCCUGGCACCAUGGGCUUUGGGGACGAGCUGACUCCAGAAGCUCUGAGUGUACCUAGUGGUUUUGAUGACUUGAUCACUUCUACCACCUCCCAGGUGCUUCAGGCCGCAUCCAAUGCUGGCCGCAAUGGCAUGUUGUCCAAGAUGGAUAAGUUGGCAGACCACAUGGCCAACACGGGGGACCUGGCUGACACAUCGGGUCCCCUAGAUUUGGAAAUUGUAUCCCAGGAUGAGCAGGUGCAAUUCUGGUUAGUGGUAGGGUACACCGUAGUGGUCUUUGCUGCUAUCAUAGGCAACUGGGUCUUAAACCACAUAAUUAUGAAGUAUAAGAGGGUACACACUGCCACCGGCCUCUUCGUUGUCAACAUUUCUGUGACCAACAUGAUGCUCGCUCUUCUCAGCUCUCCCUUCACUAUGGUGCGCUAUCUGUGUAAUUCCUUGGUGUUUGGAAAGAUGACAUGUCACCUCAGUCGCUUUGCCCAGUACUCAUGUGCCUAUGUAACUGUGAUGAGCAUGGCAGCUAUUUCCCUGGAUCGACAUCGGGUGAUGCUCUAUCCUUUGAAGGCCCGGAUCACUCCCAUGCAAGGCAAUGUUUGCAUCAUCAUCAUCUGGAUUGUGAGCACUUGUGCUGCUUUGCCACAUGCUGUUUACCAGAAGCUUUACCAAGUAGAAUUUGGCAACACAACAGAGGAAUCUGCCUGCCUCCCAAGUUUCCCAUAUACUUCUAAAUCCACAUGGAAAUACCUUGACCUGGGCACCUUUCUGCUGUUCUUCAUCUUGCCUUUGCUGGUGCUGGUGGCUGUCUAUGGUCAUGUGGCCAAAAAGCUGUGGAUCCAUGAUGCUGUUGAUGACAUCAAUAUCCACACUUACAUCUGCCAGCGUGGGAAGAAGAAGCAGACCCUAAAGAUGCUGAUGACAGUGGUGCUUCUGUAUGCAAUCAGCUGGCUCCCCCUCAAUGUGUACCUGGUGCUCCUGUCCAGUGAAUCCAUCUCAAGCCACAAUGGUCUCUACUUUUUCCUCCACUGGCUAGCAAUUAGUAGUUCCUGCUACAACCCCUACAUUUAUUGCUGGCUUAGUGAUAGUUUCCGUAUUGAAGUUCAGAAAGUCAUCAUGGAAAUCCAGAAGAUGCUACUAGAUAAAAUCAGCCGCAUCAGGGGAGAGCAUCGCCGACUGAGCUCUGUAUCUCAUAGCCAGACCCCUGGCAGCGUGGAUGCCAAUCCAGGAGUGCCCAAAUUCCCACGAUUCAGAGAUUUUGAUGAGCUGCCCAGUCCCCCUCCCUCCCCAACAGUGGAAAUCUCCUUUCUCCAUUCAGUGCCUAGAGUUUAAGCUGCCCAGACCGCGAUUGACUAUCAAAAUAUCUAAGCUUAUGAACAAUUUCAACUCAGCAGAAGAGAGGAGGAGGAAGAAGAAGAGAAAUGAUACCUCAUCCUGUCACUGCCAUUAUUCUGGAGAUAAUGUUUUAAGGUUCUUUGGACAGCAUCCAUGGUUGCAAGUGUCAAGAUGAUACCAGGAUGAGAAUUGAACUUGUGGUCCUCCUCAAUUUCCUCUCUUCUUCCUUGUCUCUUCUUCAGUAUCCUUGGCCUCCCACUGGUCUCACCCCUUUCCUUGGCUUUGUCCAUUUCCUCUUCCUUGCCCCUGUUCUACCUUCUACUCAUCCUUCUCGUCUUUCACUUCCUUCUCUAUUUCCAUUUUUUUCACUGUAAUCUUUCUUAUUGUUUAAAAAAUGUAACAAUGACAAGUUAUCCAGUCUCUACUGAGAUAUCUCCUGGUUGGUAAGGUAUAAACAAGUAUCUAGGUAAUGAGGGAGUAAGAGUUAGCUUCCAGCUACUCUCUUUUCACUUAGUAAAAAGAUGUGGUGGUUUUGGGGGUUCAGAACUUCAAAUGUUUCUAGUAAAUUACCACACUUGCUAUAGUGUUGAAUUCCUUUUUAGAUAAAGGACAAAUUGGGGGAAAGACCUAAUUCAAGUUUAAAUAAUUUUCUUUCCAUUGUCUCUUUAUGUGCCCUUUUCAUCCUUUUAAUUUAAUCCUGUCAUAUUAUUAAUAACUCAAUUACAAAACAAUGAGCUUGUAUUACUAAAGUAUAUUAAUACAUAUUUGGAGUAGCUUUAGGCUGUAAACAAGAUUGAAUCUUCUAUUUAUAACCAUUGUAAACUGCCAACCUACCUGUGAUCUCCUUUUGGCUUAAGCUGUUUUAGGGAUUAGUCUUUGUGAGUAGUGAGCUCUGCUUGUGUAUUUUUUCAACAUGCUAUGUAAAUACUUCUCAUUAUCUUAAGGACAGGUAUGUGUAUUUCCUUUUCACUCACCAUUUGGUAGACUAGAUAUUUCCCAGGAUAAUGGGCUGCCUGCUUAUGGUUCUGCCUCCCCACAUGGAGAAGGCAAAGUCAAAUUUUGCUUGAGCACCCCAAGUUUCUUAGAAGCAUUGUACCUAGCUCUGAUAGCCUUCUUCUCCUGUUUGGACAAGAAAAAUUUGGGUAAAGGGCUAUCAUUGUAAUUUAAAUGAGAAUUGUGCUGUUAUAAGUUAACCUAACAUUCUAUCCUUCUGAAAAAAGCACUUCCCCACCCCAUCCUUAUUCUAUCAAAAGAAUCAAACUUCUUUCACCCCCAGUAAGGCUUGGGAUCUGGAAUGUUCCAUGCUUGACAGAUAAUCCAGCUUCAAAGUUUGCUUCUGACUUGUCUGGAAACACUUCAUGUGGGCUUUUGUUUAGAAAUUUUUGAGCAGCAACUAAUCUGAAUUCAGUACCCAGGCAAGUCUGAGGGUGCUACCAUUGUAAGAAGUUUCUGGCUGAAGGGCUCAUUUGGUUGGAACAUGGUGCUAAUGAGCUCUAGAUCCUAGGCUCUAACCCAUGUGCAGCCAUUUAGCUCUGUGGGUUCGGGCACGGUGCUAAAGAACUGUGGUCACAUGGUUUCUAAACCCCAUGUGUGUCCUUUUACAUAGACUGCACCACUUACCCUAACCACCCUUUUUCUGAACAAUGGUUAUUAGCCCCCUGGAAAGCCCAGCAAAACUGUUGUGUAAAUAUUACUGCAAAAUUUGUUUUCACUUCUGGAGACAACAGUUUAUAAUAUAAACCUUACUGUGUGUUAGCAAUGUCACAUUAUUAGAACAAAGAGAGUAUACCAGAAGUGACAGAACAGAGAAAUUGCUAGAUUUUCCCCUUUUACAAAUUCAAAUACAUUUUUUACAUGUUUUAAAUACCAAGAAACUGUAUCUUGGAACCACUUAGGAUAUUUGGAAGAGUGCUUUGAUGAGAGUAAGACCUACAGGUAGCCUGUCUGAUAUUCAACCUUAAUGAGACAAUUUGGAGUGGGGGAAUUUCUCUAUUGGCAUAGAUAUCCUGGAUGCUGGUAAUCAUGUUUUGGUUACUGUAUAUCUGACAUAUAUAUUCUUUCUCAUGUCUUUUAAGCUGACAGAUUCUUUCACUGCAAAUUGCUGUAUAUCUUGUAAGUUAAGAUAUCUUUCCACACUGUCACAAGAAAUUCUAGAAAUGCAUAAAUAUACACUAACAUAAAUAUACAAGUACAUAUACCAACAUACAUUCAUGGUAUAACAUAGUAGUAUACAUAAUCUGUCACAACUUUGUUGUUUCUGAACACUGUCAACAUCUCUAGACUCUGAGGCAAAGUUUCACUAAUGGACAUAGUAUUGUCAUCUGGCUCAUAUAAGGAGAGAAAGGAAGUACACUAGCUAUGAACAGUAUGAGAGUAAAGAUACAGUUGUUUAGUCUGAUAUUUCUUGUUCACAGACUUUUAUGUGUAUAUUUCAAACUUACUUCCCUUAUAACAGUGAUAGUAAUAUCUUUGUGUGUGACUAUGACUUUGUAUUAUAAUUCUCAAAGUAAGAUCUUAUGAUACUUAUCAGCAAGUGUUCAUUUUCAUUACCCCAUAUUGAAAAACUAAAUACUCUUGGGGUGAUUAUAUAAAAUUUCAGCCUCAAAUAUGGACUUCUUGCAUUUCAGAGUAAGCCUUAUCUGGCUGCUCAAGGAGCUCAUAGAGGAAACAGUGGAGAUUAGCCUCCUGAGAUUUUCCUGACAUAAUAUAUGCAGGCCCAAGUAAAAGUGUCUAUGCUCAGAUUUAUGUAAAUGAAUUUGUUAAUUGGAUUAGUUGAAAUGUAGCAUCUGGAAUGAAUUCCCUGUUCUUUUGUGAUGAGAUCUCCUGCAAGUAAAGUUUGCGGGUUUAUUUUUAUAGAAAGACCUGAGAAGGUACCUAAUAGAUACUGUGCUUCAUGGCUUUUAAUUUAGAGAAUUUUCCAGUCAGUGGUGGGAAGUCUGUAUUAAGAAUUGGGAAGGCGAAUACUGUAUUUGUAAUUUGAGACAAGAGGCUGUCAAUGCUUUUGUAUCUGCAACAUAAGUUAACUACAAAAAACAUAGAAAAAAAUAAAGUCUUUAAACUUAGAGUCUAUAUGACAGUUAGUGAAAUUUCACUCAUUACUUGCUUGAGUUGUUCCCCUCCCCCAUGAAAUGCAACUGAAUAUGGUGAUACCUUAAUGGCUUCAGCUUCUCAGCUUUGCUCACAGCUCUGUGAAUGGAUGGAAAAUAUCCUAAGCACCUGUACAUAGGCAUAUCAUAUACUUGCUACUGAUUCAAAUCUAGAAGUGAAACAGACUGUGUAGAACUGAUGCCUUUUGGGACAAAGACUGUAACCCUGUCAAAUACUACUCAAAUGACAGAGGAAAUAAGGCUCCCUGAAGUGAUGUUGAUGAAUUACAUAUUGACAAGAGGAAUUAAAGAAGUCUUACCAUGCUACAACAGGAGAAUGAACAUUAUUCCUACUAAUGUGCUUGUUACUUAUCUACUUGUUACUGUUGCUUUAAAUAUUAUCUACUAUUGUUGUUAAUUCUCUCUACUCUAAUUUAGUGUUUAGCUAUGUAUUCUAUACUGAAGAGAGGAGGGGCCAAAGGGGAAGGGAUAUUGUGGUGUCAGGGGUAUGGAAAUAGUAGUAGAUUAGGACAUAUAUAUUUCAUAAGCGUAUACUAAAUAAAACUAUUUGUUCAAAGCA